GUCCUUUGAUUCGCAGAAACCUUAGGACUGUUGAGGACGUCACGCUCAGAAAUGCACCUUGACUUUAUUACACUUGAGGUCGACGACACGAACAACCAUGAAAUUCCCAGCAAGGUACCUAGUCCAAAUUUACCAACACACCUUGAGCCCAGAAACGACCCAGAUAUCGACCCAGACUAUGAGUUUGCAAUUGAGAACGGAGUCGUCUUUUCGCUAAGAUCCCCGACGGCCUCAGCAUGGAGGAUGCGGGCACUAUGAGCACUGUCUUCACCACAGCAAUCUACGCCCUAUGCCACCUGUGCCCCCCCUCCAGAACGGGCCAGAUUAUUCUCAUCCACUCGGCCUGUGGCGCCGUUGGCAUCGCUGCGAUUCAGCUUGCCCAGAUGGUAGGCGCCAAGAUCUUCGCUAUGGUAGGCAACCGGGAGAAAGUACAAUAUCUUGUAGAAACCUUCAGCAUUCCUCGCGAGCAGAUUUUCGACUCGCAUAGCAAUUCUUCCAUGCAGGACGUAAUGACGGCCACGGACGGCCAGGGGGUCGAUGUGGCACUAAACUCGCUUGCCGGCGAAUUGCUUCACUCAACUUGGGGAGAGCAGUGCUUUCCGGGUGUUCUUCUUCAAUGGUAUCACCGACUUUAUAAGUGUACAUCGCAUACUUACUCUAACAUCAAUCCCGCAUCGUAACCGGCCUUCACCAACCCUGUCAUAGCGCUGCCCGGCUGUAUUCCGAUGUAGACCUUUUGUUAUUGCGCCUUUCCUUAGCUUUUAUGUACGUUAUUCCUUGGUCUGUGCUGUAUAUCGGAAACCAGGUCUAGUUAAAUCCAUAACAAGGCCUUAGCAAAUGUGUAGACGUCUUGCGAUCGAAAGAUAUUGUAUGUGUACGUAUUGAAAUGGAUAAGAACAUGUAAGCUCAUAAGGCCAGUAGCC